CCCUCGGUCCAGUCGGACCUCUGAGCAGGGCUCCACCACUACCAUCACCUCCUCCUCCACACAAGACACUGGGGAUCAGGAGCGUUUGCAGUGGCCGUGGAGCGGUCCCGUGCACUGCGAGAGAGCGAGCUUCAGCAGUAACCCGGCUUGGAUCACACUCCCGCCUUCCGGCUAGGUCACCCCCAAACGCCUGCAGACGUCGGCAGAGGCUACCGCGCCCCCACCCCACCCCCAAAUAGGCGGAUGGAGGACCAUGCCCUGCCUGUAGGAUGCUACCAACUAGGGACAUGAUGACCCUUCUGCUUCUGCUGCUGUUCCUCUGCGAGGCCCACAGCCAGGUGGCGUCAAAGCCCAACUUCGUCCUGCUGAUGGCUGACGACCUGGGCAUCGGGGACCCUGGUUGCUAUGGCAACAAAACUCUCAGGACUCCCAAUAUCGACCGCCUGGCCAGAGGGGGCGUGAAGCUCACACAACACCUGGCCGCAUCGCCCCUGUGCACGCCCAGCAGGGCGGCCUUCAUGACCGGCCGGUACCCCGUCCGCUCAGGAAUGGCAUCUCGGUCCCGAGUGGGAGUUUUCGUCUUCUCGGCCUCUUCUGGAGGACUGCCCCCCAGUGAGAUUACGUUCGCCAAGCUUCUGAAGGAUCAAGGCUAUUCCACAGCUCUGAUAGGCAAGUGGCACCUGGGCAUCAGCUGCCACGACCGCGGCGACUUCUGUCACCACCCGACCAGCCACGGCUUCGACUACUUCCACGGGCUGCCCUUGACCAACCUGCGUGACUGCAAGCCGAGGGGAGGCACCGUGUUCGCCCCGGCCAUCCGGCUGCUGGUCUUCGUGCCCCUGAGGCUCAUCACCGUGGCCCUGCUGACCCUGGCCUCGCUCAAGUGGGUGGGGCUCAUCCGGACGCCCCGCUGCGUCUUCCUCGGCCUCCUCCUCCUGGCCGCCCUGCUCAUCGGCCUCCUGCUGGGCUUCAUGUACUACUUCCGGCCGCUCAACUGCUUCCUGAUGCGGAACCGUGACGUCACGCAACAGCCCCUGUCCUACGACAACCUCACGCAGAGGCUCACGGCGGACGCCGCACGCUUCUUACGUCGCAAUGCCAAGACCCCUUUCCUGCUUGUCAUGUCUUUCCUCCACGUGCACACGGCUCUCUUCUCUUCGAAGAACUUUGCCGGCAAAAGUAAACACGGCGCCUAUGGGGAUGCCGCUGAGGAGAUGGAUUGGAGCGUUGGGCAGAUCUUGGAUGUCCUUGAUGAGUUGAAAUUGACUGAUAACACCCUGGUCUACUUCUCCUCGGACCAAGGAGCUCAUAUAGAAGAGGUGACCAUCAAAGAUGAAGUUCACAGAGGCAGUAACGGAAUCUACAAAGGGGGAAAAGCCAACAACUGGGAAGGAGGCAUCCGGGUCCCCGGCAUCGUGCGGUGGCCGGGCGUGAUCCCGGCCGGCCUGGAGAUUGACCAGCCCACCAGCAACAUGGACAUCUUUCCCACGGUCGCCAAACUCGCGGGGUCUCCUCUGCCUCAAGACAGGAUCAUCGACGGCCGGGACCUGAUGCCCUUGCUGCAGGGGCAGACCCAGCGGUCGGAGCAUGAGUUUCUCUUCCACUACUGCAACUCCCAGCUGAACGCCGUCCGCUGGAACCCCCCCAACGGCACGUCCAUCUGGAAAGCCUUUUUCUUCACCCCCAAGUUCUUCCCCGAGGGCUCCAACGGAUGCUUUCACACCCAGGUGUGUUUAUGCAGCGGGGAGUAUGUCACCUACCACGACCCACCCCUGCUGUUUGAGAUUUCCAGAGACCCCCGGGAGAGACACCCGUUAACCCCGGCGUCGGAGCCGCGGUUCCAGGAGAUCCUGGCGGCCAUGCAGGAGGCGGUGGCCCGCCACGUCCAGACCCUGCAGGACGUCCCCAACCAGCUGUCCCUGGGGAACGUGAUCUGGAAGCCGUGGCUGCAGCUCUGCUGCUCGUCAUCAGGGCUGUCCUGCAAGUGCGACCGGGAGAAGCAGGACGGGAGACGGAGACCAUAGCCGUUAUCGCAGCGUCUGGGGGUGCGUGGGGUGGGGAGGGGGCGCCCCGCCAGCAGCAUCAGGGAUGAGCGCCCAGGAUCGACACUGGGGGAAUGAAGCCCUGGCUGCCUCCCUCCUUCCCACACACCUGGAUGCUCCCUCAAGACCCCCCUCCACACACACACACACACACACCUGUCCCCCCGGGGGGUGGGGGGGAGGAAAUCAACGUUUGCAAUAAACAGAGACAUGCAUGUUAGUUACGUCUUCCGAGGCCAACUGUUCACGUGGACGGACGAAUGGGCAUUGAGUGUCCAACGUCCGUGCGGCUGGAGGGCAGGAAGGGGCACAGAUGAGCUGCUGGCCUCUCAGACAGCGUGACCUACGGCUGGAGGCGGCGCUUACUCCACAGAUGACUUGAUGCCCUGGCCACCAGGGUUUCCCCUAGAGAGCCUCGCAUGAGAGCCAACCAAAUGUUAAGUGUUUACUGAACUCUAACAUGGGCCACUUUUUUACCCUGAGUAAAAGGGCAUCUUGCCCAAUCACGGAUGAUGGUUAAGUUGCCGUCUUCUGGUGACUGAAAGGCGAUUACCGUCAGUGUUACUUGCAAAUACGUAUGAAGUACUCUUCAUGCGAUCCAUGUUUGUGCAUGGAUAUGUGUCUUUCUUCGAGAAGUCUGCAAUAUUUAGAAGCUUAUCAGUGUUGAAGGAGAGGCAACAGAGGCUCACAGAUGUGGUUAGUGUGAGUGCAUUUUGGUGAGCUCUGUCAGGGAAGGUCGAGGCUGAGACACACCUCUCCGGUCCGUAUGUCUCCAGCCCGUCAUUUGUAGCACGCUGUUUGGCUUCUGCUGUCCCUUGGGUGAACGGCGUUUCUGAACUAAAAGUCCUACUUCAGUGAUUCUGCAGUCCAAGAAAUCCCCUCUAACAGAAUUCAGAAUUAUUGCUGUGUGAGAUUAUGCUAUUUCACACGGGUGGGGGGUUUGGGGUGGCGGAGACACAAGCUAUGAGACAUAAGCAGUCCAUGACCCAUGCCCACAAAGACACGAGCCAUCAGAUAUAAGCGGUCCACGACCCGUGCCCAUUAAGACACAAGCCAUCAGACAUAAGCAAUCCAUGACCCACACCCGUGGAGACAGAAGCAAUCAGACAUAAGCAGUCCACGACCCAUACCCAUGGAGACACAAGCUAUCAGACAUGAGCAGUCCAUGACCCAUACCCACGAAGGCACUAGCAAUCAGACAUAAGCAGUCCACGACCCAUACCCAUGGAGACACAAGCUAUCAGACAUGAGCAGUCCAUGACCCAUACCCACGAAGGCACUAGCAAUCAGACAUAAGCAGUCCAUGACCCAUACCCAUGGAGACACUAGCAAACAGACAUAAGCAAUCCAUGACCCAUACCCAUGAAGACACUAGCAAACAGACAUAAGCAAUCCAUGACCCAUACCCAUGGAGACACUAGCAAUCAGACAUGAGCAGUCCACGACCCAUACCCAUGAAGCCACGAGCAGUCAGACAUAAGGAGUCCAUGACCCAUGCCCGUGAAGACACGAAUAAUCAGACAUAAGCAGUCCACGACCCAUACCCACAAAGACACUAGCAAACAGACAUAAGCAAUCCAUGACCCACACCCGUGGAGACACAAGCUAUCAGACAUGAGCAGUCCACGACCCAUACCCACGAAGACACUACCCAUGAAGACAUACCCACGAAGACAUAAGUGCUAUCAGACAUAAGCAGUCCACGACCCAUACCCAUGAAGACACUACCCAUGAAGACAUACCCACGAAGACAUAAGUGCUAUCAGACAUAAGCAGUCCACGACCCAUACCCAUGAAGACACUACCCAUGAAGACAUACCCACGAAGACAUAAGUGCUAUCAGACAUAAGCAGUCCACGACCCAUACCCAUGAAGAGACUAGCAAUCAGACAUGAGCAGUCCACCACCCAUACCCACAAGACACAAGCCAUCAGAUAUAAGCACUCCACGACCCAUACCAUGAAGAGACUAGCAAUCAGACAUGAGCAGUCCACCACCCAUACCCAUGAAGACACAAGCCAUCAGAUAUAAGCAGUCCAUGACCCAUACCCAUUGAAGACACAAGCAAUCAGACAUAAGCAGUCCAUGGCCCACACCCAUGAAGAGACUAGCAAUCAGACAUAAUAAAUCCAUGACCCAUACCCACAAAGACACUACCCACGAAGAUACCCACGAAGACAUAAGUGCUAUCAGACAUAAGCACUCCACGACCCAUACCCCUGAAGAGACUAGCAAUCAGACAUGAGCAGUCCACCACCCAUACCCACAAGACACAAGCAAUCAGACAUGAGCAGUCCACGGCCCACACCCAUGACAUCUUGAGCUCUUGCACACCUACCCGUGACAUCUCGAUGCCGAAUUUCAUGACGAGAGAAUGGUGGUCCAUGCCCGUCCUUGGGUUUUGUUGGCCUGACCCUGCGGGUAAGCAGUAUCUGUGCCUCAAGUCGGUCGCGACAUGCACGCUUCCGUUUGAAUUCCAUUUCCUGCGACCUCAAGAAUGCAGGGAGGAGGCCUCACGGGGUCACGGAGGAGACUGGGAGACAGGGGGCACAGCUGGAGAGAGCUCCCAAGUCUGGAGCACCAGGUCCUUCUGGGCAAAGAGUUCCCCUGAGUGGAGAAUACCUAGGUGACCUUCAGACAGUAUAGGCGCUCCAGCGACGUGAUGUGGAUUCGUUCACUCGUCUGUACACGGGAGCUGUGGUCCAACGGCCUCUUUCAUCUCUGUAGCGAACAUGUCUCAGCGUCUCUCUGCUCUUGGCUCAGGGGUUUUCUCGAUCCCACGGGAGUGCGGGUCAGUGGAAUACUCUGCACCCCCCACCCCCGGACGCAUGGACCCUGCUGUCCGGGCACUUUGGAGAAAAAUGUGUGUAAGCGCAUCUCAGGCUCUCUGACAGUCUUUGUCUGCCUUCGGGCCUUUGUCCCCGCUGAACAGCGUCUAAGCUCCGACAGCAUCUCCCGAGCUCCUCCUUACGGUCUGCUAUUUCAGAAUUUUUUUUUAAAUUAGUUAAUUUAUUUCAGUUGGAGGAUAAUGACUUCACCAUAUUGUGGUGGUUUUUGCAAUACAUCCCGAUGAAUCAGCCACGGGUGACCAUGUAUCCCCCAUCCCGAACCCCCCUCCCACUUCCCUCCUCACCCCAUCCCUCUGGG